GUUCAGAUUUUCACGAUCAUUACAGUGUUUCUCUGAUUCUCUCGUUGCCACGCUCUCAAUCUCACAAGAAUCCUAAUAUAAAUUCUACUAAAUAUUCAUCACAAGAACCCCUGCUUCCCAAAUCAAACCAUUCAUCUCAUUCCUUCUCUUUGUCGACGCAAUUCGAACCUCAUUUGGUGUUGGCAUCUUCUAACUUGUGCAUCCGUGUUUGAUUCCCUCCCACAAUCUCAAAGCUAACUCCCAAUCGCAGCUUAUGCUCCUUCUACACAGCGUUGUGGUGUUGAGUUGUACGUGUCUUGGUCCAUCACUGACUCACUGCAGGAUUUUGAAUAUUGAUUGAGGCAAUUGAAGGGAAAGUGAUUGAAAUGGCAAGCUACCUGUGGAGAAAAUAUGCAGAUUAUUUGUACACCAAGUGGGAAAAAACCUUUCUUUGGGACAUGGUGCUGCCUUACAGAAGGCCCAAAUCCUUUACCCCGGUGGUCACUAUUUAUAUUGCUGCUUUCUACUCUGGAGUUGUUGGUGCUGCCAUCACUGAACAACUCUACAAGGAAAAGUACUGGGAAGAGCAUCCUGGGAAAGCUGUGCCUCUCAUGAAACCAAAGUUUUAUGGGGGUCCAUGGAGGGUAAUGAGGGGUGAUGUUCCUCCAUCCGGGUGAAAAAUCUGAAGGCAUGUUUCGUAAUUCAAUUCCCAUGUCAACGCUGUUCAUGAUAAAGGGCUGUUUGGUGUCAACAAAAUUCUGCUACUGCCUACAUAUUUUUAUGAGCCCUUUAUUCUGCGUGUCAUGUUUCUCUUGGCUCGAGACUCUUAUAUGAUAAUGUUUUAUUAUUGCUUCGUUUAUUUUUCAGCCUUUUUCCGUUCUUGAUAGGUUAUGAACAAGGUACUGAACAGUACACGAUCAUUAGGUAUUAAGAUGUGGAUUUAUGAGAUCAUUGGUUAUUUUCUGCGAUGCUCAUGAUGUACAUAUGAACUUCAUUUCUGUAAAUCUCGUCUUAUUCACUUUCAUGUAUCAACGUGUCUCGAUUUGAU